UCCAUGAAAAAACUAUGUUUCUAAGAAAAAAUUUAAAAAUUUGUUAAAUUGUAAUUUAUUUGUUUUAUUAAAAAAACAUGUUUUAUCGUUUUGAGGUUGAUAUAUUGUUUUCAUAUUAUGGUGAAGGAAUAUCGCCAAUUUUUACAAUGAAUUAUAUAUUAAUUUGAAUCAUCAUAAUCGUUGUGUCAUUUUUGGACCAUUUUGAACUUAUUGCUAUGAAAUUGAUAAUCAAACCAAAGGAAAGAAUAAGCAUGUUUUAUCUUCAACUUAAUUGAGAAUGAAUUAGAAUUCAAUCAAAGUUAUCAGUCUCUAUCCUAUCAACUCAUAAUUUCGUUAUCCAUUAUUAUCAAAAAUGAAUAUUUUAAACUAUAAGAAUGAUCAUCAGGAAUCUCAUCACCCUCAUAACAGCACGAAUACAACUACCAAUAUUGCAAUAACCGGCAAUAGUGUCACACAGAUUGAUCACCAUCCGAUCAUUGAUAGUUGUCAACUAUCCGAUUAUUUAUGUGGUUUUGGUGCAGCUAUUGUAAACGUAUACGCAACAUUUCCGAUUAAUAAAUUAAUUUUUCGCCAAAUGCUCCAUGGACAAUCGGUGCGUAAAGCUACUGCCACAUUACGAUCCGAAGGCAUUGGUCGUCUUUAUCGUGGCAUUGCCCCGCCAUUAAUACAACGUUCAAUCACAUUAUCGAUAAUGUUCGGAACAUUUGGUACCUAUCAUUCAUUAUUGGAUCAUUAUGCCGAUCAAAUCAUGCCAUCAUAUGCACGUUUUUGUCUGUCAGCUUUUUUAGCUGGUUCAACUGAAGCUAUCAUGUGUCCUUUAGAACGAGUGCAAAUGCUUCUACAGGAUGACCGCCUUCAUAACCGUUAUGCGAAUACAGUGGAUGCCUUUAAAAAAUUACAUAUUCACGGUAUAAAAGAAUAUUAUCGUGGUCUUACUGCCAUUAUUCUGCGUAAUGGUCCAUCAAACAUUCUGUUUUUUACGUUUCGAAAUAAAAUUAAAAAUCAUCUACCACAAAAUAUGGGCCACCACGAAUCCUAUAUGACUGAAAUGAUUAAAGAUUUUAUAUCUGGUUCGAUUGUUGGUGCAUUAAUAUCCACAUUGUUUUAUCCAUUGAAUGUGGUUCGGACCAGGAUGCAAACACAAUCACCUGGAGCAAAACAUUUAAACAUAUUUGAAGCGGCUAUAGAUAUUUAUAAUCAACGUGAUCGCAACUUACGUCGAAUAUUCCGUGGUGUUCACAUCAAUUAUAGCCGUUCAUUUUUAUCCUGGGGCAUCGUGAAUGCUUGUUAUGAAUUAUUCCAUAAGUUAUUUUUUCUUACAAAUCAACACAAUGAUGAUCAUAAUGACAGAUGAUGGUCAUCUUAAAAACUUAUUUAUGUAAAAAAAAAAUUGGACACUAAUCUAAAAUUUGAAUCGUAAAAUUUAUCGUUUGUCAUUACUAAUAGAAAAACCUAUAGCCGCACACAAAAAUUAUUUGUGAAUUGAUGAUAUCAUCUACCAAAAUUCUUCUGAUUGUAUCUAGUCUAUUUGUGAAUAUGAUAAUUUUGUUUUCAAUUAUUCAUAUUGUUUUUGUUGAUUAAUGUUGUUGUGUAAAUAGCUUGAAACCGAAAGAAAAUAAGAAAGACAGAAAGAAUAAACAAAAAUU